UGAACACCACCAGAUUCCUUUUUCCACAGAAAGAAACCAAAUUUAAUCCCUGAUUUAAGGUUUUUUUUUUGUAUAUUUAAUACAAGUCUUGUGGGUUGCAUAGACACAAUCAACAGUAAUGUCAGAUUAGGGUUCUUGUGGACAUUACUCUGCUCUGCUGUCAAUCAGAUCAUAAACAAUUCCUAUGAAUUUUGACCAAAAUCAUCAUUAUUGGUAUGGGUUCUAGGGUUCCUCAAUAGUUUGAAAAUGGGGGAGAUGACAGUUCUAAGAGAACUGAAACUCGAAGAAGACGAAGACGAGUUUCGAAGUUGCUGUGCAGAUGAGGAGGAUCUGGAUAGGGAAGAAACUGUAAAACAAGGUUUACAUAAUAUCAUUGAUGAUGAUGAUGAAGAAUUUCUGGAUGAGUUUUCGGUCCGAAUGUAUUUCAAGGGUGUGUCCAUUGCAGAUCCUGGAAACAAUGGUUUCGAUGGUUCGGGAAUUGGGGUGGUGAUGGAGAGAGUUAACAAGGUUCCUAUGAUUCAAGUACAGAAGAAACUUGAGUUUUUUGUAGAUGAAUUGGUUGCAGAUUAUUUGGCUUUGAUGGAUGGUUUAUCGGAGGCUACACGAAAUAACAUCAAACGGGUAUUUGCGUUCACCGAUUCUGCGAUCUUAUUUGAUCAGAUUACUACCAAGGGAACACUUGAGAAUCCACUUCUCAUGGCAUUGAAGCAAAGAAUAUUAGAACAUGCUGAAAAUCUUCAACAUUUUGUGCUAAAAUGUGUUCACAAUAUUGAUCUUGAGGAGCCAUUGCGACUCGCUCAAGUGGCAAUCGGAAUUUUUCGUAUUCCUAUCAAGGGCGAUGAGUUGGUGCAAACCUGUUCAAUCUGUUGCGAAGAGAAACCGACACCCAUGACCAUCACCAUGAAAUGCUCACACAAGUUCUGUUCCUGUUGCAUCAAAGCUUAUGUCGAUGAAGAGGUUCAGUUGUCCCGAGUCCCCAUUAGGUGCCCUAGUUUAAAUUGCAGAUAUUACAUUUCCGCCCCUGAGUUUAAGUUGUUUCUUCCGGUUGCCUCUUAUGCAUUGUUAGAGAACGCCCUUUCGGAACCAAAUACGCUUGCGGCAGAUAAAUUUUACUGCCCCUUUUCAGAUUGCGCAGUUCUGCUUGAUCCUCGUUGCAAUUCAAACCAAUCAGAAAAUAAUUGUGUGGAGUGUCCUGUAUGCCAACGAUUUAUAUGUGUGAAAUGCGGGGUGCCUUGGCACUCGUCAAUGAGCUGUGACGAGUUUCAGGAAUGCCCACCACUGGGGAGGGGCGUUGGCGAUGCCGUGGAGAAUAGAAGAUGGAGACAUUGCCAGAUGUGUGAAAGGGUGAUCGAACUAACGCAUGGCUGCCAUCACAUGACAUGCUGGUGUGGGCAUGAGUUCUGUUAUUCUUGUGGUGUCGAAUACAGGGAUGGUGAACAGACAUGCGAGUGUGCAAUGUUGGAUGUUGACGAAAGAGGAGAACAUGACGACUUUACACUUACCCAGAACUUCAAUUCCAGCCCUGUACUUGAGGAAUGGGCAUGGGACUCGUGUGGUUCGCUUUCCAACUUGAUGGAUGCUUACUCGGAUCAAGAAAGAUCACAACUUGCGCUAAUUCAGAGGUUUCUUGCUGGUGGAUUUAGCCUCGGUGACCACCAUACGUACCCGUAUCAAUCUCAGUCCCCACCACACCCGUGCACGGACUCUGGGUCUUCGUAUCUUGACAACACCAUCAAGGACCUCCAUCAGCUCCCUUGGCUCGAGAGGUUUGUUUCUGUGAUUAGCGAUAAUUAUUAUGAUGAAUAUACUCAGUGAAGCAUAUUUUAAGAUUCGGAAAAUAGACAGAAAGAAGCUAAAAGCUUUGUAAACGAAAAAUUGUCGAUAGGAGAGAUGGAGAUCCUCAAUCUCUCUCUCUCCAUAAUCUGUCUUCUAUCGUGUAGGGUAGUUGAAUUCAUGGUUGUAAUCUUCCUCUGGAAGAUUAUCUUUGAUUCCUGUAUACGACAUUGUCCGAUAUGAUCUUUUCCUUUUCCGAAAUAAAGGAUGGAGGUCGAGAACAUUAACAAGAACACAUAACACGAAACUCUUUCUGUGUGCUUCAGAUUCAAGUAUGAAUUUUAAUGAAAAUGGAAGUUUUUCUA